UGGAGGCUGGAGAGGAGAUUGCAAGAUGAAAGCUUUGCUGUUUGUCUUGUUGUUGGUGGCCUUCAUGUGCAAGGACUCAGUUGAGAGUCUGAAAUGUUAUGUUUGUUAUGGAAAGGAUUGUAGCUACAAGAUGAACUGUUUGAAAAAAGAAAGGUUUUGUUAUACUGCGAAAUAUGGAGAUGCGUUCAAAGGGAAAGGAUGUGCUGAAGUUUGCCUGACACCCAAGGAAUCUGAAAAUAUGUGUUGCACAACUGACUAUUGCAACUUUCGUUAGUUAAUUGCAUUGAUUAAAACAAAUCACGCCAAACCAGUCUGAUUUCAUUCAUUCUUUCACAAGUGACUAAUUUUCUAGAAGUACGAAAUAGGCUGUAGCAAAUAAAUAAUAGGAAUUGGAUACAAUAUGAGUCAAAUGUAAUAAAACUUGUUAUACAUAGAAUAUAGAAUAUUAUAUAUAG